GAAAAGGUGCAUGUGUGCACUCUCUCUGUCUCUCUUUCUCAUGGGGUGAUGGCCUUUUUGCAUUGGUAUUUCAGAGCAGCAAGAGAUUUCACAACUGCUGCAGUAUAUGCCCCCUUCCCCUUUACAAGACGGUACAACAAAUGCAACAACAGAAAAGAAACAACUAAAGAAGAGAAUAUCUUUUAAAAAAAAUGUCUCGACCCAUUUCUAGAGCUCCAGGUACUGACAGAACUAUCUCUAGCAACGAAGGAGCCACCUGGAGCCACAAAAGAGGCCUGAGUGGCCCAUGAUUCCAGACUUGAUAUUUAACAAGGCACGGGGAAGCGACAGAUACAAACAUUGCAUAAAAAAGGGUUCUGCUUGUUCAGUGCAGGUGAAUGCAUCAUCCACACAAAAGACAGCAACAUCUUGCAAGUAUUGAGACAAGAGCAUAUGAUCAGACAUGAUCUGUCUUAGAUCAAUGCAUAGACUUUUUUGUUGUUGCUGGUAACUAAGACACGUCUGAAGUGGAUCAGAGCGAUUCAGCACAAGAUGAGAGCACCCACUGCUGCUGUGUUGAUCCAAGGAUAUAAGAGCGACAAGAUGGAGGAGUUGCACUGGUGAAAGAAACCCAGGACUAACACAGUAGUGAAUGAGGUGCAGAAAGAAAGGUCUCUGAUUGCUCCUGCAAUACUUGUGCUUUCACUUUUGGCAAUGCUGUUUGAAGCAAAGAUGUACUUUUCAGAGGUGAUGGCCACCCUUGUUAUUAUGGCAUUUGUUUUAAUUUCUAUAAGCAUAAUAGGUAAUAAGACCAAAAGGCACAUCUUCCCACCAGGUCCAUGGUCACUACCAAUUGUGGGGAACCUGCUUCAGCUUGGAGAAUAUCCUCACCUUUCAUUUAUCCAAAUGAGGAAAAAAUAUGGGGACGUGUCUCUCUUAAAGCUAGGUAUGGUACCUGUUGUGGUAGUGAAUGGUCUAGAGAUGGCGAAACAAGUGUUACUAAGAGAUGAAGAGAGUUUUGCUGGCAGGCCCAAGAUGCAUACCUUUUCUUUCUUUGCUGAUGAAAAAAGGCUAACAUUUUCUGUAGAAUAUGGGGAGAGCUGGAAACUCCACAAGAAAAUUGCCAGUAAAGCUUUAAGAUCCUUUUCAAAGUCAGAAGCCAAGGUAUCUACUUGCUCUUGACUUCUAGAAGAGCAUGUUUGUGCAGAAGCUUCUGCGCUGGUGAAAAGGUUCUUGGAGCUUUCUUCAGCGAAAGGUGCCUUUGAGCCCACUAGUAUUACCACCUGCAUUGUUGCAAAUGUCGUCUGUGCCCUGUGCUUUGGCAAAAGGUAUGAAUAUAAUGAUGAAGAGUUUCUUAGUGUAAGGGGACUCAUGCUUCGGAUCAAUACGGAUUUUCUAAAAGCCACAAGUAUUAUCAACCCAGCAGAUUUUAUGCCCUGGUUUCGUUAUCUUCCAAUUCCCAUUGUCAAGGCUGCCCAGGGAUUUUAUGAGGUCUUAAAUAACUUCAUUGCACAACGAGUAGAAGAACAUUAUACCACAUAUGAUAAGAAUCAUCUCAGAGACAUUACUGAUGCUCUAAUAAGUUUAAGGAAUGACAAAAGACUUGGUGGAAAAGCUCCGGUCUUAUCUAAUGAUAAAAUAAUAACUACAGUUAAUGACAUCUUUGGAGCUGGUAGUUUCAACAUGUUGUUUUGGAUUUUCCUAUAUUUGGUUAAGAACCCAGACAUUCAGACAAAAAUUCAAGAAGAAAUUGAUGAAAAGAUUGGACUCAGAUCACCUAGAUUUGAUGACAGGAAAGAUUUGCAUUAUACAGAAGCUUUCAUAAGUGAAGUCUUAAGGCACACUUCAUUUAUACCACUUACCAUUCCUUACCGUGCAACGAAAGAAACCUUUCUCAGUGGAUACCUCAUUCCCAAAGACACCUGUAUCUUUGUUAAUAUGUAUCAAGUAAAUCAUGAUGAAACAUUAUGGGAAAAUGCUGAUUUGUUUAGACCAGAGAGAUUUCUGAAUGAAAACGGUGAACUCAACAAAGGCCUCAUUGAAAAAGUUUUGGUUUUUGGAAUGGGAAUAAGAAAGUGUUUGGGAGAGGACGUAGCUUGGAAUGAGAUUUUUAUUAUUCUUACCAACAUUUUGCAACAGCUAAGACUUCAGAAAUGUCUUGAGGACCAGCUAGAUCUGACUCCAAAAUAUGGAUUAUCCAUGAAACCUAAACCAUAUCAAAUUCAAGUGGCACUGCGCACCUGAACAGUACAUA